UUAUUUUUACUGCACCCACGUCCGGCAAUGCUGUGCACUUUACGACGGCGAUAUGCUUGUUUUUAAGAAAAAUUAGACUAGAACAAGUUUUUUAACAAUUUAAACAGAUAAAGAUCUAGAUUCUAGAUCUAUCAUAGUGUGUACCAGUAACGUUCCCAAAGUUUGAAAGGAUAUUCCGAAAUGGCCUCGUCCAUGGACGCGUUUGAUUUGAGUAUGAUGAAUGGCAAUGGAUUUCAAAGCCUUGAUGCAUCUGGAGAUCCGUUAACUAAGCGUUUAAAAUUGGAAAAUGGUAUGGGUUUUUCAUUUUAAUUCAUCAGCAUGGUAGUCAUUUUGUUUGCAAUUUAUUGGAAUAUGUACAAAAAAGAAAUGUCUAAAACAAAAAGCCCUUGUUAAAUUGUAUAUACAAGCAUAGCCAUCUUAAAAUUUAUCAUCAGACCUUUGAAAAAAUGCAAUCAAAAUGAUAGCUAUGGCUGAGCUGCUCAUAAGUUAGAUAUAAAUCUUUAAAGCAUUGUAUAUAGAAGCAGUGUAUCUUUUUACACAAUUUGCAAUAACUAACAUAGCCCAAAUAUUGCCGUGUGUUUUCAUAAUGAUGUAUAAAAUAUUUGUGUAUUAACAUUUUUACUUUUAUUUCUUUCUGUAUUUUCUUUUUGAGUAGUCUACAGGAAUAUUGGAUACAUUGAUGCUAUUGUACCAGAGCUGGAGAUGUUUCUAAUGCUAUAUGGUUUUUCAUGUCAUUGUGCAAUAUUAUACUAAGUACAACUUGCCAUUUAAAGCAUAUUUAUACAUAUAUUGUUAUAGAAUUGUUUCUGUUAGAAUUGCCAAAGCAUGCAUUUAAGUUUUACAUCCAAGGGGGCUUAAGUUUUUUUUUCUCAAAUUGUACUAAAGUUUUUUUUUUUAAUUUGUACUGCUGGAUUAAGAAAAAAAUUCUCACACUUUAGUUUCUUUUAAAUUUAAGAAAUAAAGCUUUUUUAUAUAUUUUUUUUUAUUUUGCUGUUUUCCUAGGUUUGUGAAUAAUUUUAUCAGCUGGUUUUUAUUUAGUUGUAAUUGGUCACUAGCUUGUAAAAAUCUAUAUUUAAAACUAAAGCAGUUUUUAUUCUGUAAUUGAAAAUGUAUUUAAUUUUAAAAAAUUAUUAUUGUUGUUUUCUAACGGAAUGAGCGCUUAAAACUCAAAAAGUUAAAAUUUGAAACCAGCUCUGCAUUUAUCUUAAAUUUCCAUUUUUAUUUUGUUGCCCCUUUUUAAACUCAUGCUGAUCUCUUUCAUAACCUAUAUUUUAACUAGUGUAAAUAUCUAUUUCUCAAUGCGAGUAUCUAAAGUUUUCAUUUGUGGAUUUUUAAAAAUAACUUUGAUUAGGAAAAAGCACUUUGAAUAUGUAGGGUUUUAAAGCGAUAAUACAUGGUCAUGGAGUAUAUGUCCGGAGUGAAGUUUUUGGUCUUCUUUCUAUGUACUUUCAGCCAAAGCCACUUGCUCAGGUUUGAUGAGAAGAAUGCGAUCUUCUAAGAUGUGAGUGUGGAUACUAUUUGAGAUCGUGCCCACUUCAAGAGAAGUCCUUACAUUCACACCAUCACUUAAGUGUUUGUCCAAACAUACUUCUGUUGAGCCCUUAAAAAUAAUGUUAUAUUUUCAUCAGACCAUUAAUAAAUCUAGUACAUGAAAUUAAAUGGAGAUAGCUAAAACUGAGUUAGUCUAUUUAUCAGGCAAGAAGUAUUCCAUCUGUUAUCAAUUCCUAUUUUGUAUCAUUCAAGUGUUUUACCUAGCAGGCCUUUAGUGUAUUAUUUAGGAUUGAUUAAACUCUAAAUGUAUUGUGAGCAUACUUGUGCUGAAAGCAUCCUUACAGAGGUGAUAUUUUGUUUUUCUUGAUUUCUCCUGUAUUUCAGCAACCUACAGUGUCUACCUGUGAGAUUGUUGUAGGUGACACUAAAGCCUAGCACAGAUGGAUUGAAUCAAUUCAAGAAUCACAAUUGUCGUAGUCUUAUAAUAUUUACAUUUUGCUUGGUUAAAUUUGACUCUGUUGAAUUUUUAUUAUUUUGGGUAGUCAAUGUGGUUGAAUAUAUUCAAGACAGAACAUUGGUGGAUUUUGCCACAAUUCAUAUAACAUUCAAAGAAGAUUUACUCAAGCCAGAGAUAAGCAUCUGUAUCAAUAUGUAUUGAGCAGCUUUGACAUGGAUAAUAUUUUUAGAGCGCUCAGGUUUGUAUAAUGAUUCAAGACAAAUUCAGAGUGGCUUCCCACCUUGCAAAGGAUUUGAAAUAAUGGUGAAAGCUACAGCUACAUUAGUAAUGUUGUGUUUUUCUCUUCUUUUUCUGUGUGUUUCAUACAGUCUUAAGAGAAGGGCAUUUUGCACCAUACCAUACCACAAACAACCAGCAUUUUGUAUGGGAGGGCAUGCAUCAACAGCAUCCGCCAUAACUCAAUGUAAAGAAUGUGCGGCGGAAUAACACACCAGGAUGCGGGUCUGGAGACUCACAAGAACCAUAUUUUCCCCAGUCAGACCAAAGUGGACCCUUGUUGGAGGGCCCUGGGGCUAAACGUGACAUUAAACCUUUUACACCACCCAAACUCAGCUCAUCACAACAGGAAGAUAUUCAAAGAGCCAAAAAAUUUGCCAUGGAACAGAGUAUCAAGAGUGUUCUUGUGAGGCAGACCAUUGCUCAUCAACAACAGCAAAUGCAACAAUUCCAGAAUACCGUACAAAGACAGCAGGCUUUGGCCUUGAUGUGCAGAAUUUACGUUGGCAGUAUAAAUUUUGAAAUAAAAGAAGAUACUAUAAAACAAGCAUUUCUACCUUUUGGACCAGUCAAAUCUGUUAAUUUAUCCUGGGAUCCUAUUACAAAUAAACACAAAGGAUUUGCAUUUAUAGAAUAUGAAGUUCCUGAAGCUGCUCAGCUUGCUCUAGAGCAGAUGAAUGGAGUGAUGAUUGGAGGUAGAAACAUUAAGGUAUGCCAGGUUGGGCGACCGAGUAAUAUGCCACAAGCACAACCAAUUAUUGAACAGCUUGGACAGGAAGCCAAGAACUAUAACCGUAUAUACAUUACAUCUAUUCAUCCAGAUUUAACCGAAAAUGACAUUAAAAGUGUUUUUGAAGCAUUUGGUAAAAUAGUCUCAUGUGAACUGCUUCAAGAUCCAGCAAAACAGGGGAAACACAAAGGAUAUGGCUUUAUAGAGUAUGAAACAUUACAGUCAGCUUUAGAUGCAGUAACAUCUAUGAACCUUUUUGACCUUGGUGGGCAAUAUCUCAGAGUUGGCAGGGCAAUCACACCUCCAGAUACAGCAUUUGCUCCAUCAGUUCCACCAACAGCCAUGCCAACAGCAUCUGCAGUAGCUGCUGCAGCUAUCACAGCCAAAUUGACAGCAAUGGACGCUCAACAACAAGCUUUGGCACCCCCAGGUUUAGCUCUCCCAACAUUGAGUGGUACUAGCCCUAUUAUAAAGGGGACUGCACCAGUCAUCAACACUAUAAGCACAAGUGUUGUAGCUUUACCACCCAUGGCGCCUCCACACCCAUCAAUGCCUAAACCCCCAACACAGCCACCUGUACCUCUAAUGUCACUUCAAACUUCACCUGUUUUACCUAUAUUACCUGCAGUUGCCCCACCAACCAUAGGUCUUGUUUCACUGCCCUUGAGUCUGGUUACACAAGUUCCAGUAUCAUUAAGCUCCACUGCUGAAAAAGCAGAGGAUAAACCUGCUUUAGAGGAUGUGCCUCAAACACUGGAGCAACAAGAGAGCAUGAAAAUUAGUGGUAGCAGUGCUCGGCAUAUGGUCAUGCAAAAAUUAAUGCGCAAGUCAGAGUGUCGUGUCAUGGUUCUAAGAAAUAUGGUUGGGCCAGAAGAUUUAGACGAUGAACUUGAAAGUGAAGUCACAGAUGAGUGUGGAAAAUUUGGCACAGUCAACAGGGUCAUCAUAUACCAAGAAAGGCAAAGUGAAGAUGAAGAUGCAGAAGUCAUAGUUAAAAUUUUUGUUGAGUUUUCAUCACAAGAAGAAGCAGAAAAAGCCUGUAAUUCUCUCAAUGCCAGAUUUUUUGGAGGCCGCGUGGUAACAGCUGAAAAAUAUGAUCAAGACAUGUAUUUUGCUAAUGAUUUGUCAGGUUGAUAAUUUUAGUGUUAUGGUUUGAAUGAGAAUGGUGAGUGAAUGUGAGAUAUGAUGUUCAUAGUAUUGAUAAAAGUUGCAAUAAAUAUAUGAGUGUUAAUGCAAUGAAUUUUACUUUUUCUAUACUCAAGGAGCAUAGGAAAAAAAAAAUGUUAUUUGACCUAAAUUGUAACAUUGAUAAUGUGCAUAUUAUGGUAGCUAUUCUAUUUAUUGUGUAGAACAAAAGAUUCUACUGAUCAUUUCUCAUUUUAUGCUAGCAAACAUUUCCAUCUGAUAAAAUGUGACUUUGAUGUAGUUGUUAAAUUAAUUGGUACAGUAUUUCCCCAAUAAACUGCUCAGUAAUUAGUUAAUUUUUAAUGAGGUUUUAAGUUGUGAUUUUGUACAUUACCCCAGCUAUACUGUACUUGCAAAGCAGUGUUUAACAUGAGGUACUUAUUUAUGUUUGAUUUGUUGAUAUGGUCUGAGCCCUGUGCUGUCCUUUGUUAUGUUCCACUGGUAAUAGAGCUGAGACAUUGAUUUUAUUAAAUGACAAUACACAUUUACAAUAUUA